GCCACGAUAGGCUCUCUUGGACUGGUGUAUGGAGGUGUUGCAGGUGUCAUCCGGUCUCCUAAUCCGGUGAUCCAUUCUCUAUCUUGCGGUGUUCAAUGGGCUGCAACUGGGAGCGGUUUCUGGUUCUUGAGAGAGAACAUCUUAAAAUAUCAUUUUGAAAACAAUGCCGAUUCUAAGCAACGCGCUUAUGUCAGCGCUCUAUCAGGGGGCAUCGCUGGAGGCACCGUUACCCGACUACUAGGGGGUCGACUAAUUCCAGGAGUGGUGUUUUUUUCGACACUAGGCUAUCUGGGCCAAAGCACUUAUAAUGCGAUCGACACAUGGCAAUUAGAAAAGGCCAACACUCCAUCGAAGCCGAUCCUUCAGCGGAUCGCCGAUUCAAAAUGGAUACCGCUCAAGUCCCUCUCCGAUGAUGAUUACAGGGGGAUCUUGCGCGAGAAGCUCCUGAGCAUCGAGGCUGAGAUCGCACUCCUCGAUGAAAAGAUUGAAGGGCUUGAGAAGCUCAAAUCUCAAGGGUCAGAUUUGUCCUCGUCCGACACAUCCACCAGGUGA